AUGAAGGUCUCCGACAUCUACUACAGCCUUGACCAGGCUCAGAAUCCGUAUCCCUUGACGCAGGUCGAUUUCUUCCAUGCCAAACAUCGAGCCGUUAAGAAAGCCCGUGCAGACGCCACUGCCAAGGGUCUUCCACCGCCAAAGAGUGUUGCGUCGUACAUGGAUAUUGCCUUGGUUCGCAAUUUCGGCCACUAUGAUGACAUUGGCAAGUUCCCCAACGAUCCAGUCGCCAGGGACCUCCUCCGCCGCGAAGCAAUGGAGGCUGUCAAAGCGAAGCGCCGAAGAGACGCUGCUUCGAAGGCUCACGACGAACGCGAGGAACCCCAGAAGCAGAAGUCGCAACAUGCCGAUACUCUGCAUCUCAGAUCACAACAGCAGCGUAUCAGCGCUCGCGAGGAGACCAAAAGACGAGUCAGAGAAGCUUUCAGCUGGCAGCCCAGAACCUUCACCGACAGAGAACGUGCCAUCCACGCUCCGAGGAAGAGAAAACAUGCAGACACCGCAGACGACGGCGACGCUAACAAAAUGGGCGCGGUGUCCCCGGCCAGCAAUAGCAGCAAAGAGAACUCCCAAGCUGCAUACCCUGCUCCAGGUGCUCGCAAGCAACGUGUUGUUGUCCAGUCCGAUGACGAAGACAAAACGUCUUCCUUACUGGUCAUUGAUUCAGACUUGACGGGUUGA